AUGGAGGUGAACUAUGCAAGUAGCACCAGGAUUCCUCUCCCUGGUGACGGACCAGCUAUUCAGUCAAACAGUUCAGCACCAUCCAAGCAAACUGUUCUAUCUUGGCAAGCUGCAAUCGAUGCUGCUAGACAAGCAAAGGCUGCCCAAAACAUGAGUACCACCACAACCCAGCCUGUAGGAUCUCUGUCCCAAAGAAAACGCCAGCAAUAUGCCAAGAGCAAAAAACAGGGUAAUACGUCCAAUAGUCGGCCACCCCGUGCCCUUUUCUGUUUAUCCCUCAACAAUCCAAUACGAAGAGCCUGCAUUAGUCUAGUAGAAUGGAAACCAUUUGACAUAUUUAUACUACUGUCUAUUUUUGCCAAUUGUGUGGCCUUAGCUGUUUACAUCCCAUUCCCAGAAGAUGAUUCUAAUUCAACUAAUCAUAAUUUGGAAAAAGUAGAAUAUGCCUUCCUGAUAAUUUUUACAGUUGAAACAUUUUUGAAGAUUAUAGCAUAUGGAUUAUUAUUACACCCCAAUGCAUAUGUUAGAAACGGAUGGAAUUUAUUGGAUUUUGUAAUAGUAAUAGUAGGAUUAUUUAGUGUAAUAUUGGAACAAUUAACCAAAGAAACUGACGGUGGCAGCCACUCGGGUGGCAAACCUGGUGGCUUUGAUGUCAAAGCCCUAAGAGCCUUUCGUGUACUGCGACCUCUCCGACUCGUAUCAGGAGUGCCCAGUUUACAAGUUGUCCUGAACUCCAUUAUAAAAGCCAUGGUCCCCCUCCUCCAUAUUGCCCUUUUGGUAUUGUUUGUAAUCAUAAUCUAUGCUAUUAUAGGAUUGGAACUUUUUAUUGGAAAAAUGCACAAAUCUUGUUUUCUUAUUGAUUCAGAUAUUCUAGUUGAAGAUGAUCCAGCACCUUGUGCAUUCUCAGGGAACGGCCGUCAGUGCGUCAUGAACGGCACCGAAUGUAAGGGUGGAUGGGUUGGACCCAACGGAGGCAUAACCAACUUUGACAACUUUGCAUUUGCAAUGCUGACUGUGUUCCAGUGCAUAACCAUGGAGGGAUGGACUGAUGUGCUCUACUGGAUGAAUGAUGCAAUGGGAUUUGAAUUGCCAUGGGUGUAUUUUGUCAGUCUCGUCAUCUUUGGGUCAUUUUUCGUACUAAAUCUUGUUCUUGGUGUAUUGAGCGGAGAAUUUUCCAAAGAAAGGGAAAAAGCCAAGGCCCGAGGGGACUUCCAGAAGCUUCGUGAAAAACAGCAGCUUGAAGAAGACCUGAAGGGAUAUCUAGACUGGAUUACCCAAGCAGAAGACAUUGACCCCGAGAAUGAUGAAGAGGCUGAUGAAGAAGGCAAGAGGAACACGAGCAUGCCCACCAGCGAGACCGAGUCGGUGAACACGGAGAACGUCAGCGGGGAAGGGGAGAGCCCGGCGUGCUGCGGGAGCCUGUGUCAAACCAUCUCAAAAUCCAAGUUCAGUCGACGCUGGCGUCGCUGGAACCGCUUUAACAGAAGAAAAUGUAGGGCUGCAGUAAAAUCUGUCACUUUUUAUUGGCUUGUUAUUGUCUUGGUCUUUUUGAACACGUUAACUAUCUCAUCAGAGCAUUACAAUCAACCUGACUGGCUGACCCAGAUCCAAGAUAUCGCAAAUAAAGUUCUUCUGGCUUUAUUCACCUGUGAAAUGUUAGUAAAGAUGUACAGCUUGGGCCUACAGGCCUAUUUUGUUUCUCUCUUUAACCGCUUUGAUUGCUUCGUUGUUUGUGGUGGCAUUGUUGAAACCAUUUUGGUGGAGUUGGAAAUUAUGUCACCCCUUGGAAUUUCAGUGUUUCGCUGUGUUCGUCUCCUGCGUAUUUUUAAAGUAACAAGGCACUGGGCAUCCCUGAGCAACUUGGUAGCAUCCUUGUUAAACUCAAUGAAGUCCAUUGCUUCACUGUUGCUUCUGCUUUUCCUCUUCAUCAUAAUCUUCUCGUUGCUUGGAAUGCAGCUGUUUGGAGGCAAAUUUAAUUUUGAUGAAACUCAAACAAAGCGGAGCACCUUCGAUAAUUUUCCACAAGCCCUUUUAACUGUAUUCCAGAUCCUCACAGGGGAAGACUGGAAUGCUGUCAUGUAUGAUGGCAUAAUGGCAUACGGUGGUCCCUCAUCCUCAGGCAUGAUCGUCUGUAUAUAUUUCAUUAUCCUCUUCAUCUGUGGUAACUAUAUCUUGCUAAAUGUCUUCUUGGCCAUUGCUGUGGAUAACUUGGCAGAUGCUGAAAGUCUAAAUACAGCUCAGAAAGAAGAAGCUGAAGAAAAGGAAAGGAAAAAGAAUGCGAGAAAGGAGAGUCUGGAAAACAAAAAAAGUGAGAAGUCAGAAGGGGACCAAAAGAAGCCCAAGGAUAGUAAGGUGACAAUUGGAGAAUAUGGAGAAGGAGAGGAUGAGGAUAAAGAUCCCUACCCCCCCUGUGAUGUACCAGUAGGUGAAGAUGAAGAGGAUGAGGAGGAUGAGCCAGAGGUACCAGCAGGCCCACGUCCCCGGAGGAUAUCAGAGCUCAACAUGAAGGAGAAGAUAACACCUAUCCCUGAAGGGAGUGCCUUCUUCAUCUUCAGCAGCACCAACCCAAUUCGAGUGGGAUGCCACAGACUUAUCAAUCACCACAUCUUUACCAAUCUCAUCCUUGUCUUCAUCAUGCUGAGCAGUGUCUCCUUAGCAGCAGAAGAUCCAAUUCGCAGCCACUCUUUUCGAAAUAAUAUACUUGGUUACUUUGACUAUGCUUUCACAGCCAUCUUUACUGUUGAAAUCCUGUUAAAGAUGACAGCAUUUGGAGCAUUCCUUCAUAAAGGGUCCUUCUGCAGGAAUUAUUUUAAUUUGCUGGAUUUGCUGGUUGUGGGUGUUUCUCUGGUAUCAUUUGGGAUUCAAUCAAGUGCUAUCUCAGUCGUGAAGAUUCUGAGAGUUUUAAGAGUCUUGAGGCCUCUAAGGGCAAUAAACAGAGCAAAAGGACUUAAGCACGUUGUUCAGUGUGUCUUUGUGGCUAUUAGAACUAUUGGUAAUAUCAUGAUUGUCACAACUCUGCUGCAGUUCAUGUUUGCUUGUAUUGGGGUGCAGCUGUUUAAGGGAAAGUUCUACAAGUGCACUGAUGAGGCCAAGCAGAACCCCGAGGAAUGCCGAGGGAUUUACAUCGUUUACAAGGAUGGAGAUGUCGACAGUCCCAUGGUCAAAGAGAGGGUCUGGCAAAACAGUGAUUUCAACUUUGAUAAUGUCCUGUCUGCUAUGAUGGCCCUGUUCACAGUCUCCACCUUUGAAGGCUGGCCAGCGCUGCUGUACAAAGCCAUUGAUUCAAACGGCGAGAAUGUAGGACCUGUAUACAACUACAGAGUGGAGAUCUCCAUCUUUUUCAUCAUCUAUAUCAUCAUUAUUGCUUUCUUUAUGAUGAACAUAUUUGUUGGUUUUGUGAUUGUUACAUUCCAAGAACAGGGAGAACAAGAGUACAAGAACUGUGAGCUGGACAAAAAUCAGAGGCAGUGUGUGGAGUAUGCCCUGAAGGCACGUCCUCUCCGCAGAUAUAUUCCAAAAAAUCCUUACCAGUACAAGUUCUGGUAUGUGGUGAAUUCUACUGGGUUUGAAUACAUCAUGUUUGUCCUCAUCAUGCUGAACACCCUUUGCUUGGCUAUGCAGCACUAUGGACAGUCUAAGCUAUUUAAUGAUGCCAUGGACAUUAUGAAUAUGGUUUUCACAGGAGUGUUCACUGUUGAAAUGGUUUUGAAACUGAUUGCAUUCAAACCCAAGGGCUAUUUUAGUGAUGCCUGGAAUACGUUUGACUCCCUCAUCGUUAUUGGCAGCAUAGUAGACGUCGUUCUCAGUGAAGCUGAUAACUCUGAGGACAGCGCUCGGAUCUCCAUCACUUUUUUCCGUCUCUUCCGUGUGAUGAGGUUGGUGAAGCUGCUGAGCAGAGGAGAGGGAAUCAGAACAUUACUCUGGACAUUUAUCAAGUCAUUUCAGGCCCUGCCUUACGUUGCCCUCCUGAUAGCCAUGCUGUUCUUCAUCUAUGCUGUCAUUGGAAUGCAGGUGUUUGGAAAAGUGGCCAUGAGGGACAACAAUCAAAUAAACAGAAACAACAAUUUUCAGACUUUCCCCCAAGCUGUGCUUCUUCUCUUCAGGUGUGCAACUGGAGAAGCCUGGCAGGAAAUCAUGCUGGCAUGUUUGCCUGGAAAGCGCUGUGAUCCAGAAUCUGAUUAUAAUCCUGGGGAAGAAUACACAUGUGGAAGCAACUUUGCCAUCAUUUAUUUUAUCAGUUUUUACAUGCUCUGUGCAUUCUUGAUUAUAAACUUAUUUGUGGCUGUGAUUAUGGAUAAUUUUGAUUAUUUGACACGUGACUGGUCUAUUCUGGGCCCCCAUCAUUUGGAUGAAUUCAAAAGAAUAUGGUCAGAAUAUGACCCUGAAGCAAAGGGAAGGAUAAAGCACCUCGACGUGGUGACGUUGCUGAGACGGAUUCAGCCACCGCUUGGUUUUGGCAAGCUGUGCCCUCACCGAGUGGCCUGCAAGAGGUUAGUAGCCAUGAACAUGCCACUGAACAGUGAUGGGACUGUCAUGUUCAACGCUACUUUAUUUGCUUUGGUUAGGACUGCUCUAAAGAUAAAAACAGAAGGUAACCUGGAGCAAGCCAAUGAAGAACUCAGAGCAGUCAUAAAGAAAAUAUGGAAGAAAACGAGCAUGAAAUUGCUUGACCAAGUUGUCCCUCCCGCCGGCGAUGAUGAGGUAACCGUGGGGAAGUUCUAUGCCACCUUCCUGAUACAGGACUACUUUAGGAAAUUCAAGAAACGCAAAGAACAAGGACUGGUGGGGAAAUAUCCUGCGAAGAACACCACCAUUGCCCUGCAGGCAGGACUAAGGACACUUCAUGAUAUUGGCCCAGAAAUACGCCGAGCUAUUUCCUGUGACUUGCAAGAUGAUGAACCAGAGGAAAACAAUCCAGAGGAGGAGGAAGAUGUUUAUAAAAGGAAUGGUGCCCUCUUUGGCAACCACAUAAACCACAUUAGCAGUGACAGACGAGAUUCAUUUCAGCAAAUCAACACCACGCACCGUCCCUUGCAUGUCCAGCGGCCUUCAAUUCCCUCUGCAAGUGAUGCUGAGAAAAACAUGUACCAUCAGGCAGGAAACUCUGUGUACCACAACCAUCAUAACCACAACUCGGUAGGAAAGCACGUUCCAAACUCAACAAAUGCCAAUCUCAAUAAUGCCAACGUGUCCAAAGUCCAUGGGAAACACCCAAGUUUUGGGAAUCGUGAGCACCGGUCUGAGAACGGUUACCGCUCACACUCCAGGACUGACCACGAGAAGAGGAGAAGGCCAAGCAGCAGGAGAACACGCUACUAUGAAACAUAUAUUAGGUCUGACACUGGUGAUGGGCGCCGACCGACCAUUCGCCGGGAAGAACAUGAAGUGCAAGACUACUGCAAUGAUGAUCAUUAUCUGGGGGAGCAGGAGUACUACAGUGGAGAGGAAUAUUAUGAAGAUGACAGUAUGUUGUCAGGAAACAGGCAUAGAUAUGAUUAUCACUGUAGAUAUCACUGCCAUGAAUCGGAUUUUGAGAGACCAAAAGGUUACCAUCACCCACAUGGGUUUUUUGAGGAAGAUGAUUCACAGAUCUGUUAUGAUACAAAAAGAUCUCCUAGGAGACGGCUGCUACCUCCAACACCACCACCACACAGACGAUCUUCCUUUAACUUCGAAUGCCUCCGCCGACAAAGUAGCCAGGACGACAUCCCGCUCUCUCCUAACUUUCACCAUCGCACGGCUUUGCCACUUCACUUAAUGCAACAGCAGGUGAUGGCUGUGGCAGGUCUGGACUCCAGCAAAGCUCAUAAACACUCCCCGAGUCGCUCAACGCGUUCCUGGGCCACCCCACCCGCCACCCCUCCCAACAGGGAGCGCUCCCCCUAUUACACCCCUCUGAUCCAGGUGGACAGGGCUGACUCCACAGAGCACAUGAAUGGCAGCCUGCCCUCCCUGCACAGGAGCUCCUGGUACACGGAUGACCCCGACAUCUCCUACAGGACGUUCACCCCAGCCAGCCUGACCGUGCCCAACGACCUGCGGCACAAACACAGCGACAAGCAGAGGAGCGCCGACAGCCUGGUGGAGGCGGUCCUUAUAUCUGAAGGCCUAGGAAGGUACGCAAAGGACCCUAAAUUUGUUUCGGCUACAAAACACGAGAUUGCUGAUGCAUGUGACAUGACUAUAGACGAGAUGGAGAGUGCAGCAAGUAACCUUCUCAAUGGGAAUAUCAGCAAUGGGACCAACGGGGAUAUGUUUCCAAUUUUAAGCAGACAAGAUUAUGAACUUCAAGAUUUUGGUCCUGGCUACAGCGACGAGGAGCCGGAAACGGGACGAUACGAAGAAGACUUAGCUGAUGAAAUGAUAUGCAUUACAAGCUUAUAGUAUUUAGCAAGGAAAAUGUUCUAAUAACAGAAAAAGUGCCUCAUAGUUUCAAGAUGCUAGGCACUAGCUGGAGUGAAUGACCAAUCCAAGUUUUGUAUGAGUGAUGUCGCACCUCAAGGAAGCCAUAACUAAUAAAUUUAUUAUCUCCAGGUUGCCGAAAUGUGAACAGAGCUGCAGUAGGUCAAGCCUCCUCCCACGGAAUCUUCAGUUCCUCUGUAGGAAUGAGGUUCUUUUGAAACCAAGCAGAUUGUGACAAUCAGUUUUUUGAGGGCUAGAGCAGGAUUCUGAGGUGUAAUAUCUUGCCUGUCUUUCAACCUUGUGCUGCUGUCCUUCCUAGCAGAGCAGGAUUUUGUCAGUGACAAUGUCUCUAUAGGUCUGGCACAGGAUUGUGUGGGAAACAGCAACAUGAGAUGAGUGAUGACAACCAAUAAUGUCAUUACCUCAGUGCUCAAAGCAUAUCAGCUACCCAUUGCAUAUCCAUUCUAACAUUGUUUUCAAACUUGCCUCCUGAUUUCUUUUCUUAAUGCUCUUCUAAAAUACGAUUUGUCACGCUCUACCUGUUAGAGAUCGUUGGAAAAAGAAGUUAUAUAAAGAAUAAUCCGUCAUAUGUAACAUCAGUUUACAUAGGAAAAUAUCAUUCAGAUGGUCUGUUUUCUGACUAUCAUGUUAAGGGCAAAAUAUACUGGAAUAAUUGCAUUCUUACUAAUGCACUUGCAACCAGGUUAUAGUAGAAUUAGAUAAGAUAGUUUGCUAAAAAUUAUAUAGUAGAAAAUAUUGUAAAUUAAUUGUAAUAUACAAUGAUUUGUAUUUGUAAAGAGAUGUUCUAUAUUUUGUAAUUAUUGUACCGUCAUUGAACUGCAGCAAUAUUUAUGGACCCUAAUUAUUGUAACUCUCCACAGAAUUCUAGAUAGAAGUAUUUUUACUUGGAAUAUAUAGACCUAUAGCAUAAAUAUUUAAAUAGAGCCGCCUCUCAGUGUAAAUCUCUUUUUGGGAUAAAGUGUCAAGUGUGAACUUGGCAACAGAUCAGAAUUUUUUUAAAUAAUUAAGUCAAAAGAAUCUCUCUGCAAAAGGGAUGCAUCAUUGACUACUCUGUCUUAUACUUGGAAAGGUUAAAAAUUUAAACUAAUUUCCCUUUUUUUUUUUUUUUUGACUGAAAAAGUAAGCUCUAAUUUUAUUUUUGUAAUAACCCCAUGCAAAAAACCCAAAACCUUGGCAAGUUCAUGCCAGGGUGUUCCUGGUCAUGAGACAAGUGGUUUUGACAAAGUGUAAUACCUACAUAGUCUAAAUUGACACAGAAAAUACUUCACAGGUAAACGAAAAUACUUUACUUCAGUACUACUUUCUCUGCUUGGAAAGAGAAGAAAUGUGAUAGUAUGAUUCUACACAGAACCAAAAACCUUGAUAUAAAAAAUAUAUUAAUUUAUUGCCUCUACCUUUCUGUUGUUCUGUGUGUACUAUUUCAAAGAUUUAUUUUUAUGCAAUCAAGAGAGGGCUUUGAUAUUGUUCACAAUGCAGUAAAACCCUGAAAUGUCUUUGAGGCUGAAAUGACCUUGGAGGAUAAUUAAAACACCCCAAAAGCUACUGUCUAUUUUGUUAGCACUGGAUAACAAUGACUUGUUCUAACAAGUUACCUUAUCAGGUUUUACCUGUAGUUCCUAUGCUAGAUAGCAAUCCAGUUCACAUUUUUACAAAUGUGAUGUUUAAAACAUGUCAAUAAACAUUUUGUACAUAAUGACAGUUUCCUAUGAAUAGCUUACGACUUCCUCUGAAAUCGUUCUUAUUUCAAAUGCCAGGAUAAGAACUUAAAGGUUUGUAAAUUAUUUCUUGACCUACAUCAUUUUGUAUUAAAACAAAUGCAAAAUGUUCUUCAAAAUAAAACUGUGUAAUAAUUUUAUUA